AGGUCAUUUCAAGAAAUAUCUGCAAAUGACAAUGAACUUGCUGGCGGGCUGAUGGAGUCAUUGAGGAAAUAUGCAAAGCUAGUGCCAAAUCAAUUGCACGCAAGAUCUCAAGGAUGUAUGGUGUACUCGGUUCCUCUUAUCAUCUUCAUGGAUGAUGUAUCCAGAAAUAUA